AUGGAUAAUUUAGAGCAAAAAGACUUUGAAGAAGGAAUAUCUUUGGGUUUUUACGCAUUUUUGGUUAGGACAGUAAUUAAUAUAAAGAAUAGGACAUACCUAUUGACAGAAAAGCAACUGGGGGAAAGAGUUCUGCAGUUAUUUGAAGAAAAAUGUGAAGUUCUUGAAAAAAUAUCAGAAUUGAAACAGAAGAUUAAGGAAAGUGAACAGCAGUUAGUGGAGUCCGAGAAAACAAAAUCCUCUUCUGUCCAUGAAAAUGAAAAACUUCAGGAAGCAUUUGAAGCUUUACAAAAAAAUAAUGAAAACCUGAUGGAAAAGCUCAGGACACUGCAGUCUGCUGUAGAAGAAGAAAGGAGAAAGAACCUGCAUCAAGAAGAAAGAUUGUCUGACACUCAAAAGUCAUUCAAGAAGCUUCAGAGUUUAAUUAAUUCUAAGAGUGCUGAACUGUCAAAGGUACAAACUUGUUUGGAAGAGGCCAGACUAAAAGAAGCAGCAGUAAAAGCUGAACUGCAAUCUGUGUUGAAAGAAAACAACACUUUAAAAGACAGUAACAAAAAUCUAUUGAAAGAGGCCAGAAGCUGGGAAGAGCAAUACAGAGAACUUUCUGAGAAAAUUAAAACAUUCCAGAAGAGUCAGAAAGAUUUAGAAGACACUAUUGCACGUAAAGACAAUGAAAUAAAGGCCAAUUGGUAUGACUCAUUGAUAAAAGGAUCGCACAACAAGACCACAAACAAUGCAACUUAUACGUGGCAACAGUAA